GUUCCGGCUGGUGUUGCACGGCAUGUCGGCACGAUGAUAUUAACAAUUUAGAUUUAGAACGUCCGUUCUAAAUUCUAAACCAGUUUCGCAAACGAUAUUUUGGCGUGGCAUGCAUAAUGAUCAGUUCCAUGAGACCUCCUCGAGGGGUCCAGUUGGACAACACACUCCAGCGUCGCACGCUUCCCACCUUAGACCGUCUUGACACUAGUGCCAUGAAUCAUAUUGGAGACACUCCGAGAGUUACCGCAAGUACUCGUAGGAAAUCAUUACAAGAUAUUGUUCGACAUUUUACCCCAGCAUGGUUUGCUGUCACGAUGGGGACUGGCUCAAUAGCCCUGCUUUUCCACAACUAUCCUUAUGCGGGUGAUUCUCCAGUAAUGCGAGGGUUUGCACUCGGCUUUUUCUUCCUCAAUCUCGUGCUCUUUUUGCUCUUCAGCGUCAUCACCGCGGCUCGAUACAUUUUCUUUCCUGGCAUCUGGUCUCGAAUGAUACGACAUCCUGUACAGAGCUUGUACAUUGGCACAUUUCCGAUGGGCGCGACUACGUUAUUAAACAUCGCCAGUAGCGACAUAUUCCAGACAUAUGGUUUCGGGGGGAAGCCGUUUGUCUAUACGGUGUGGGCAUGUUGGUUGAUCAACGUUGCAAUUUCGAUUACAUGCUGCUUUGGCAUGAUUCAUGUUAUGAUUACUCUCCAACAACAUUCGCUUAAGUCUAUGACGACUGUUUGGCUUCUUCCUGUCAUAACCCUUGUCGUCGGAUCUUCUUCUGGGGGCUUGCUCGUGCAAGCGCUUCAGCUUUAUUCCCCCUCCUAUGCGUUGCUCACGGCGACGUUCUCCGCGUGCAUGGUCACAAUAGGUCUCAGCCUUUCCCUUAUGCUAUUCACGAUAUACAUCCUUCGGCUGGUCGUCUAUGGUUACCCCACGGGUGUAUCAAUCCUGUCCGUUUUUCUUCCCGUCGGUCCUUGUGGACAGGCAGCAUAUUCGCUUUUAAAAUUGGGGUCUUCUUUCCGUUCACUAUUGCCUCUCAGUUAUGGUGAUCCCGGCGGACUGUUGAGGCAACCUAGAACCGGUGAAGUAGUGGAAGUGAUAUGUAUGGUUGGUUCUAUGAUUCUAUGGUCACUAGCGAGUAUGUGGAUACUCUUUGCAAUGCUCGGUCUCGCCCACACCCUCCGUCGGGAACGCAUUGAAUUCAAAUUGGCAUUCUGGGGAACUAUAUUUCCUAAUGGAGUGUACGCAAAUCUCAACCUUGCGUUGGCGACAACAUUUUCGUCGACAUUUUUUAAAAUAUGGGGUUCAAUAUAUUCGGUGGGGACACUGAUAUUGUGGGUGUGUAUCGCCUUGCCUACAAUACGGAUGAUUCCAAGCGGUCGUAUAUUUGACGCCCCGUGUCUAGAAGAAGUCACAUUAGAGGGACUGGCGAGUGACGCGGAGAGAAGCGAAGACGAUUUAAAGAACGGAACAUGAUGUCCGAAAGAUUGACACAUGUUCAACCAUCCCUACAUGCAAUUUCUGAGGUGAGACAUCUUGCAGGUCUAGUUGCCCUCUAGUCACGACAUAUCGACUCGGUUUGUAUCCCAAUAUUUUUAUAUAGAAGACUACAAAAUAUGCCUUCCACCCCCUUUAAUCUUUGUGAGCAGAUUCCUCUUUCAUUUUUCCUAAGAUCGCACAUGGAGGCCGAUGAAAAAUUGAUUAUUCCGAUUCACCUUGAGUUUCUCUCACGACGGCAGCCGGGGAAAGAACUUCCACUGUGUAGGUACCGGGCCCCACAUGAG